UCUCUCCCAAAAAACAAUUCACUUAUAUCAUUCUCAAGAGAAUAUAAAUAGAUACCUUCACCUCGCGAAACCCUAAUCUUCGAUUUCCGCUGCGUUCUUCCGAAUCUCCGUCGGAUCUCAAAUUCGUGUUGUUAGCUGCUGAAAUCUCCGGGGAAUGCAGAGAAGGUUUUGCUGCGAGGUGGACAACGGCUGGAAGGAGUCGUCCCUCUCUCAAGGGAUUGUCAUCGUCGGCCCUAAAGCAAGAACCAGGGUCAAACCUUGGGAUCAUCAUCCUCAUCUCUAAAAUCUCCUCAACAUGGCUCGGAUCUUGGUUCAGCGAGGAAGUUCUUCCAAUGCAAGCCACCGCUCUACUCCCUCCUCGUCUGCCUCAGCAACAGAACCACCACCAGUGACUGUUUAUGAAGAAACUACGGAUGAGGUUAACGUAGUUGAAGAAGAAGAAGAAGAAGCAGAGUGUUCUGAUGCUAAGGAUGUAUCAUCACUCCCCAGUGAUGAACCUUUGGAUAGAGAAGAUGACGAUGAAGGUUUGGUUGUUUCGGAAAACGCUGCUCUUGUUGUUGUUGAAGGUGAAGGUGUAGAUUGUGAUUCUCUGGUUAGUGGUGGCGAUGUCCCUGAUUCACCACCCUUACCUGUUCCUCCUCCACCGAAGCCUUCUUCUAAUAGGAGAUCCAUCUUGGGGAGUUUUGGUGAUUUACAAAUCGGAGCAACAAGAAGAGGGGCUGGGCCUCGCUCUCUUGUAUCCACUAGGGGUUCACCAACGGGAUCACAUCCUUCUUCUCCAAGAUCACAGAGUGAGAACGAAGGCUAUAACAGUUCUGAUGAGCAUACGCCAUCUUUUACGCCCUCUCAUGCAGGCUCUGGCUCGGAACGAGAACAUCAGUUUGAAACCGAGAUUAGACAAUCAAAAGGCUUUGAAAUUAGGCGUAUGCUGGAGGAUGGAAACUGUCUCUUUCGGGCUGUUGCAGAUCAAGUAUAUGGGGACUCAGAGUCAUACGACUUAACUAGACAAAUGUGCAUGGAUUACAUGGAACACGAGAGGGAUCACUUUUCUCAGUUCAUAACUGAAGGCUUUACCUCUUACUUGAAGAGGAAAAGAAGAGACAAGGUCUAUGGAAACAACGUGGAGAUCCAAGCUUUGGCAGAAAUGUAUAAUAGGCCUAUCCACAUUUACUCAUAUAGCACAGAGCCUAUCAACAUAUUUCAAGGGAGCUACAACACCGAUACACCUCCUAUAAGGCUGAGUUACCACCAUGGGAAUCAUUACAAUUCGUUGGUUGAUCCACAUCGGUUGACAGUUGGUGCAGGACUUGGAUUUAGUAGCCUGACUGGGAGACAAGUGGACGGGGAGCAGGUGAAAGCUGCUAUAAAGGCUCAGCAAGAACAUCAGAUUGAUAAUGCGCUCAUAGCAGAAGGGAGAUAUUACUCUGACCUUGAGCUUACUGAGAAGGAAAUAGAACGAUCUGUAAUGGAAGCUUCUCGUGCUGAAUAUCUUAUGGAACGGUCUAAACCACGAAUUGGUCCCAAGGAAUCAUCCACAUCUAAUGCUGGGACGUCGUCCUCUUCUGGAGCUACAGGAACUUCAGGCAGUGAUAGGAAACCAAUCGAGAAGACGGUGCUGAGCAGCAGCAUUGAGAUGGUUUUGUCGAUGGGGUUUAGCUACACGCAGGCCAUUGAAGCUUAUAGCAUUUUUGGGGAUGACGUUGACUCUAUGGUCUGCUAUGUACUGGAGACGAGCUGUGGCAGCAAAAACCGACGCAAAGGCAAAGCCACAGAAUAGAGAAUGUAACAUGAGUUGUUCCUGUAUUGAUAUAUAGAAACCUUCCAACGUUUGGGAGAUUUAAAAAGUACACCCUUAAAUCAAAAUAAUGAAUAAACUUCCUGCAUAUUGGCAUAUGUAUGUGUGGCUUCUGUACUCUUAGUCCUAUUAGUUGAAUAAGAGAGAAAACAUUCUGAAA